CAAAUAAACACUUAGUGCCAAAAGAAUUUCGUAGAAUUUUAAGUCAUUCCAACAAACAGACGAACACGAAACAUUUGAUUGAAAUUCAUACAUCUUUUGGCAAUCUCAAGAUGGACAAGAUAAUGAUUUGCAUCAUUGGAUCCGGAAACUGGGCAACGACUAUAGCCCGCAAUGUGGGCAGAAACGUGAUGAACUCGCAGACACUGGACGAAAAGGUGCCCAUGUACGUUUAUGAGGAAAUCGUUGAGGGUCGCAAGCUCACGGAAAUCAUCAACACCACCCACAUAAAUACCAAGUACAUGCCGAACUUUGAACUGCCGCCAAAUAUUGUGGCCGUGGAUGAUAUUGUGACCACGGCUAGAGAUGCAGACAUCAUAAUAUUCGCCAUUCCGCCGACUUUCGUGAGCAGCUGCUGCAAAACACUGCUCGGAAAAGUGAAGCCCACGGCCCAUGCAGUGUCCUUGAUCAAAGGAUUCGAGCGCGGCGACGAUGGGCAGUUCGUACUGAUUUCCCAGAUUAUAAUGCGGCAGCUAAAGAUUCCUUGCUCCGUCCUCGUGGGCUGCAACUUGGCCCAUGAGCUGGCCCACGACCACUUUGCCGAGGGCACCGUGGGUUGUCGGGAUCAGAAGUACUAUAGGGUGCUCCACGACAUAUUCAGGUCGCCCACUUUCCGAGUGGUGGUCACCGAGGAUGCAGACUGCGUGGAGAUCUGCUCCACUCUAAGGAAUAUCAUUGCCUUUGCGGCUGGCUGCUCAGAUGGAAUGGAGCUGAACGAGAACACCAAGGGGGGAAUCAUUAGGAGAGGAUUCCUGGAGAUGCUCCAGUUCGUGGAUGUUUUCUAUCCCGGCUGCCGCAUGGGAACCUUCUUUGAGUCCUGCGGAAUAUCCGAUUUGGUUACUAGUUGUUAUGCAAAUCGCAAUCGCAAGUUGGCCGAAGCUUUUGUGAAGACGGGCAAGCCCUUGAGCGAACUGGAGCACAUCCUCAUACCAGGACACGAACCACUAGGACCGGUGACAGCGGAGCUGGUGCAUCAUAUGCUCAAGAAGAAGGGCUUGGAGGACAAAUUUCCCCUCUUUACAACCGUGUACAGGAUCUGCACUGGCGACUAUCCACUGCAGCGACUGGUCGAAACCCUGAUUAAGGCGCGCGAGGAUAUCUUUCACCCGCUCCAUACUUUUCAAUUGUAAGGCCGGACUCGUCGAUUGAGGUGUAAUAAGUUUUAAAUAAAAUCAUACAGCAUUGAAAUUCGCAUUCUUACUGCUUAGACAGCCAAAUGGAGCACAUAAGACCGGGUUUUGUCUGGGAUAUGCACUACGCAUAUAAACGAUUUGUUCGAACAAAGGCCCUCGACGUUUGUAUUGUGCGUCUUUUCUUGCUGCAGUUCAAGUGCUCCUUGGCGAAGAGAGUGCACUCCAUUGAAUGCACCAACGCUCCCAGCUGCAGCACAACGAAAAACAACGGAAAUCACUUCAGUCGGGGAUCCGGAUCCGGAUGAAUGGAAAAGAAAGCCGCCCGCUUUUCCAUCUCAUUGUUUUCCAUGGCUCAACUAUAAAUUUAUGUGUGUUUCUCGGUGUCCGGUAGUGAGUUUUUUCUUCCUCGUUUUUUCUGCUUUCACCAUUGUUUUGCGGCUGAAGUGCUUUCCAAUCGGAAUUGAGGAAAUGGGAGCAACCACUGGAGGACUAGUCGAGAUCUCGAGAUCUAGAGUUCACUGAACCAUAUGUCAAACCGAGCACGUGUGUCAGCACAGCACAUUCGGUCAGUAAGCCAGCAUAACCAGCAUCGAUAAGAUCAAUAUUUCUACAAAAAAAAAUAUUUAAAAAAAAAAUGGAUACCAUUUCGUUUACCAACUUUCGAAAAUGUCUAGGAAAGCAGGCAUCUUUCAUCUACCUGCUGGCUGUGGCAUCAUUUAUUCUACUUUCGGCAUGGAUAUUUUACAAACAACCAGAGGCAGCAGCAGCGCACUGCCAUCCAGAACCAAGACUAUGGCAAUUAGGAAAGCAGAUUUAUGACUUUUUCUUGAAGGACGAAAUGCCAAAAAUGGAGCCAAGAGCCAACAUUAGGAAAAAAAUGUGGGAUUUGCUCAAGAAAUUGUACAACGCUUACUAAUUAUGAUCCCGAACUAUGUGCCCAUUGCCAGAUUCCCAGUGGGCCAACAACUUAAUCUGUUCGUGGUCCAAUUCAGUUGAGUUCGAAGUCAAUUUUGAAAUUGUUAUUUAAUAAAUGAUUUAUGCAAUUCA